AUCCGUCAGUCGGGAGACACGGUGAGGCUGAAGGUCCAGCCCAUCCUGGAGCUGAGCGAGCUGAGCCGCUGCUGGCUGAGAAACACCGAGGGCCAGCGCAGGGAGGCCAGACAUCUCCCCUCCUCCUCCUCCUCCUGCUCCUCCUGCUCUCAUCUCAUCCAUCACAGCCCAUGACAGCAGAGCAGCCAACAUGGCAUUCUCAUCUCGCUUUUCCUUCUGGGAGCAAAAGAUCAAAGAAGAAAACAAGCCAGGCAGCAAAAGUCCAGACAGUGAUGGGCAGCCCAGCCGGGCCAAGUCAGUGCCAGCUCUAGACCCUGGCAGGGGGUUAUUCCGGGCAAAAAGUCCCCCACCAGUUUUCCCUACGGAGUCAGCAGCCAGGGUCAGGAGUCCCUCCCCGCCUAAAGUCAGGACACCUGUUAAAGUGCCAGAGCGCUUCAAAAGCCCUGAGCCACCAUCAAAGUCAGCAGAGCAGUUUAGGAUUCCUGAACGACCACAAGCUGCUCUGAGUCCAGAGCCAGUUAUGAACAGUGUGCAAGAGCAAAAUGGAGUUAUGGGCAAAAGCAUGGUUAAUGGUACAGCUAAAGGUAAUAUCAAAAAUCCAGGCACCAGCAAUAACCACAUGGAUACUACAGAUGACCAGGGUCUGACACGGAAGAAAGUAGUAAAGGUGGUUCGUCGUGUCGUCAGGAAGGUCCUGUCCACAGAAGAGGACGAGGUUGCCGUGCCAACGCAACCAUCAGACAAAGCUCCGGAAGCAGCCAAACCUGCUGCUGAACCAGUUAAAACAGUGCCAGCACCUUCAGUGUCUAAGACCCCAGCGGUGUCAGGGUUCUCCUUUAAACACGACGUCAUCAAAACAGAAGAGAAAGAUGACAUUUCGCGAGGAUUGACAAACUUCAUGGUCAGAGGCAGGACGAGGGAACCCCGCCCACGAAUACGCAAGGAUGAACGGCCAGAAAAAAUGGAGUUAGAGAAGAAAAAUGAGAAGAAAGAGGAAAAAGUUGAGCCAGAGGAAAAGAGAGAGGAUAAAACCAUCCUAAAACCACAAGAGGUCAAUCACAAACCGACAAGCUCUGGUCCAGUUAUACAGGAAAUCAAAUCUCCUGUGGUUGCUGUAAACGCAACCAGCAUGGCUUCUGAGUGUUCUGCAUCAGCUUCUUCCAAAUCGACUCAUUCCAGACCUACAUCGCUCCCACCGGUUGUUGGCUUUAUCCCGGGUCCCAAGCCCGUGCCCUUGUCUCCACCUCCUGGCUUCAUACCUGCACCCAAACCGGCUGCUGCUGCCAAACCCACCCCUGCAAAACCUCCUUCUACCACAUCAGUGGCCCAAAAAUCUUCCUCCCUCUCUCCUCCAUUACGUUUAUUUCCAGCUCCUAAAUCCUCUCCACUUGCAACUUCUGUGAGCCCUGCUCCCCCCCACCCCAAUCCUGGUGCAGUGUCUCCCCCUCCAGGAGUCAUUCCCAUUCAGCAACCUGCUGUCAGUCAGCAAGAGCUGGAGCCAGCAGUCAGUGUUCCGUCCUCUGUCCAAGCCCCUGCCCCUGCGGCCCCGCAGCCCCAGGAUUGUCUUCAGGUACCGCAGCCCUCCAGCCUUCCUCUGAGCCUCCUGGCUGGAAUUUGUACUCGUGUGGCUUGUCGGAGUGUAAGGCCCGGAAUCCUUCUAACUUUCCCCCCAUUUCCCUUUUCUGCAGUAUUUCCAACGUUUGUGUUAAGCUGCGACUAACUUUGAAUUGAAUCA